AUGUUGAAGAUUAAAAAUGUUUUGUAAUUCAAUGAUUUAUUGGAAAAAUGCUAGUAAUUAGAUCUGAAAAAUAGAAUAACAACUGAAGAUGCUGUUUAUCAUUGA